AUGGAUUACCCGGACCCGCGGGUUUUCGAGCCGCUGCAGUUGCCGCACAAGCAGACUUUCAUUCUGCUUCACGGACGGGGCUCGUGGGCAGAGAAGUUCGGGCCUGAGCUGCUGCGCACACCUAUUCAAAAGACGUGCUUGAGCUCAUCGGAUGACAACAAAAACAAUCCGCGGAUCGUCUGGCCUCUGACCGACCCUCAGGCUCAGAACGCCGUCAUAACUCUGCAGACGGCUUUUCCGAACGCUCGUUUCAUCUUUCCCACAGCUGCUCGACGUCGGGCCACUAUCUACAAGCGCGCAUAUACCCAUCAGUGGUUCGACAAUUGGAGGCUUGACCCACCGGCAACAGAGAGAGAAGAGCUGCAGAUAGAGGGCUUGGCUGAGACGACUAAAUACUUACACCAACUGCUCUACACUGAAAUUUCUAUCGUGCCAGGAGGUGCGAAGAAUGUGGUUCUUGGGGGGCUCAGCCAGGGAUGUGCAGCUUCACUGAUAGCACUGUUGCUGUGGGAUGGAGCGGCUCUUGGUGCCUGUUUUGGGAUGUGCGGGUGGCUUCCCUUCGCGGAAAGUCUGAUGGGAGAAGCUGGAAACGACCAGGCUUAUGAACUUUAUGACAAUGGAGAGCUUGGCUUUGACCCGUUCAUUGCCGAAGUUGGCAGCACAACGAGUGAAGAAACAACGAUAACUCCAGCGAGUAGAGCUGUGAGCUGGUUGAGAGAAGAGCUGGGGCUUCCGGCUGUAACCUCACCCUCAACAUUACUCCCCAUACAGGGAACCCCUAUCUUUCUUGGUCAUGGAGACCAAGAUGAGAGAGUCAGCAUAAGUCUUGGUCGAAGAGCCUCCGAGUGCCUAAGUCAAUUGGAAGGGGACGUCUGCUGGAAGGAGUACGACGGCCUGGGGCAUUGGUACUCAAGCACCAUGAUCAAAGAUUUGGUAAAUUUCUUGAGUGAUGCGUUUGCCGCUUCGCAUUAUACAGGUCGAUGA